AUGGACUGCUUCAAUGCGGCGUGGCAUGGAGCAAUCAGCCUGGGCACUGCUGAGGUAGAACUAUGGUCCAGCUCGCUCCUCAGACUGAAGAUCGAUUUGUCUCUAAUCGAAAUAAGAGUUUGUCUCAUUUUGUUGUCUCAGGUCAGAUAUGCCAAAGGAAAUAGUCCUCUGACCGCAAGGUCUCCACAACUGGACAGGCCUAAGGGGACAAUAAAGCGUCCAUGUGCUGAUUCAGAUUCAACUCCUGAUGAUUCUGACCAAUCCCCAGCCCUCCUGUCCAGCAAACUCCCGCAAUGUCCUGAGCAGGAGCUUUUGGAUUGGGCUCCAAACCUGACGGAGAUGCACCCAUUCGCCCAACAAUCCAGGAAACGGGUCACAGCGAAAAGUGGAAAAGCUAAGAAGAUGUUCGGCUGGGGAGAUUUCCAGUGCAAAGUGAAGUCCACGAGCCUCGACCUGCUCAUCGCAGGCAAGAUCGUGGAUCACGGCAAUGGAACGUUCAGCGUUUAUUUCCGAUACAACACCACCGGAGGUGGAAACGUCUCCGUAGAGCUGGUUCCUCCAAGCAAAGUGGUGGAAUUUGAUGCAACGACUCAACAAACUGUUCUGCACUCGGUGGAGUCGAGGAUGUUUAACUGCAGGGUGGAGCAUGAGAGGGUGGAGAGAGGUACUAAAAGCACACGCUGCUGGAACGACCCGUCUCAUAGCUGUGACCAGGAUCAGACUCACAGCCAUGUUUCCUGGCUCUGCUCAAAACCAUUCAAAGUCAUCUGUGUCUACAUAUACUUCUGUAGCUUGGACUACAAACUGGUGCAGAAAGUCUGUCCAGACUAUAACUACCACAGCGAGUCUCCGUACUUACCUUAUGGAUGAUCAUUUUGUCUCAUAAUGAAAGAGAAACUGGUACAUGUGUUUAUUCUAAAAUAAUUGGGCAGGUUUCCAUUUUGAACUGGAAUAUGGAAAAAUCACUAUUUGAACAUUUUGUCAUGAUUUACUCAACAACAAAUCAUUCUGAUUUGGACAUAUAGUAAUAAUCUGUAGUAAUAAUAUGUAAUCUUUCGAUUGUGGUUGGCAUGAGUGUUACAUAAAUUAUUUUGGAUGACAUUUUUCAACAGUAUUUAUUAAGACAAGCAUGUCUCUGUUCAUUUAAGAUUGUACGGCUAUUUUGUGGAGAAAAAGAUGGGAUAAAUUUAAAACCAUUAUAUAAUUUCAUUAUUUAAUAAAGACAUGUUCAAUUUAUUUAUUUCUUUAUUUUAAAUUGUAAAAAAUCUUUAGUAAAGACAUCCUUACUACAGGUUUGUCUCCACGCACACUUGUGAACUUCAUCAGAAGUUGAUCUCUGUGGCAGGUGCUGGUGAAUUUGUGUCAUUAUUUCUGACAGACAGAGCAA